GUUUUAUUGAUCUAUGAAAACUUAAAAAAUAGUAAAAUCAUCAAUAAUUUGUAAAAAAAUCAUCGAAAUUUCAACAAAACAUCAAAAACAAAAUGUCGAAAAUGUUUACAAAAAUUGCACAAAAGACAGUUAAAGAACUCGAAUGUUCAGCAACACUAACAAGUGAGGAACUACAAAAAACAACAUUCGAAGUACUGAAAAUCAAAAACUGUCCAUCAGUUGAUGAAUUUCUUCUUUACAUUACAUCUUCGAAAUUUCAUAGUCACUUCCAUCAUGCAAAAUGUGCAUUUGUAAUUAUCGCAGAAUGUGAAGACGACACAGAUGUAAGACAAUUGAGAGGCGACGAAUUAAAAGAAAUUUCUGAGUGUUAUCGAGCUAAGAAGUUGAUGGUCGUGUCCAUCGAAGGUAGAACAAAUGAGAUUAAAUCAUAUAUUUAUUAUAAGCAACUGCAUGAGAGUGAAUUCAAGACAUUAGGAGAUCAUGGACAAUCAACUGAAAAUCUUGAUGAAAUUCAGAUCCAAACUACCUCAGAUUCAUCGCCAAAAUCUUUCGAACAAAACUUCAACUUUUCAUCAUUUUUGCUCAAUUUGAAUGCUCAAAAUUUUGGAAUUUUUGAUGGAAAAUUGCUAGAUACAAAAAUCGACACAUCUACAUGCUACAAUGGAAAGAGACUUAUUGACUAUGCAGUCGAAAGUAACAAAAUUCUUAGCGUUCGAUUCUUACAACUCUUCAAUUUUGACUUAAAACGCACGAAUGAAAAUGGCGAACGUCCACUGGAAAUAGCCGCAAAACUGCCAACAAUGGAUGCAUUUGUAGCACUGUUAAAAUUUAAAUUUGAAUUUUGGAAUGAUGAACUGUGCAAAUGUGAUUACAAUUUGCUUCAUUUAAGAAACAAAAAUGGGCUGACUUUGUUGAUGCUUGCCGCAUUGAGUGGAAACAAUGGAGUAGUCAGCUUGCUAGUAAAAAUUGGUGUUGAUAAAAAUCACGAAGUUCAUGGUGAGACAGCAGCAAGUUUGGCAUGGAAAAAUAAAAAAUUUGAAGCAUUUUUAACACUUUUAAAAUUUGACGCUCGUUAUCCAAAACCAUUUAAAAAUGAACUUGAAGAACGAUGGGAAUCUGUGCCAAAAGAAUUGAAAAAGUUUGUCAGCACAAUUGAGGCUUUCCACUUAAUGGUCAGCAAGAAUGAAACUCAGGAAUAUGAGAAAAUAUUGCAGACUUAUCCAAAUGUAUUUCACUUUUACAACACUCAGAAUCAAUCAGCCGCAAUGACUGCUUUAAAAAGUUCUGAAUCUAAUUCAUGGACCUAUGAGGAUCUUAUCAAGAAAGGAAUUUAUGUUGGCUUUCAUGAAAAGCUUGAAGGAAUUAUUGAUGAGCCUCAGCAGACUCAGAACUCAAAACAUUUAAGUGGAAGGAAUUUAAUUACUUUAAUGUCUAAGUCUUAUGUAGGCUGUAGCACCUCCUAUGACGAGAAGAAGAAAAAAGUUCAUCACAUACUUAGAUGUUAUAAUUUGUUGCACCAAAUUGAACUUAUUCGACCAAUUUUAAAUAUUGUUGUGGCAUAUCCUAUUAAAAUGAUUUUUGACUUUAGUAGGCUAUCUGUUCAACAUUUGCAUCCUGAAGCUAGUGAUUAUAAUUCAGGUUCACUGUAUCGCAACAAAGGAUAUCUAUUCAUCGGUGCCAAAAACCUUCUCGACUCCAAAAAAGAAUGUGAAGUUCUAGCCACUUUAGCACAUAAAGCUCUUCACUAUGCUUUACAAAUUAUCUAUGACAACGACUCAAAGCCGUAUUUUGUGAAUGACGAGGAUAGAAAAAAUGAGUUUGCAGAAGUAUCAAAAGCAUGUGUACUUCAAAGAAUGUGCGAAUUUGUGAUUGAAAAUGUCUACGAAUAUAAUGAAAAUGAGCAGCAUGCAGAACUUAUUGCAAGAAUUCCUCAUAUUUUGGCUCUUUAUUUCCAAAAUGAAGAGAAAAGGAAAUUUUGUCAUGAAAAAUUUAAACAACUUUUUACGUUUUAUGAGCGUCGAAUUGUCCAUGACUUGAAGAUCCCACAUAUUGAAGAUUUACCAAUGAAGAAUGAAAUUUACAAGUUAAAUGCAAAGCUUGAAGCUGUUCAAACUUUAAGAGAAUCAAAAUAUAAAUUAAAAAUGGAAUCCCUUAAAGUCAAUGCCAAUAUUAAAGACAAAAGUAUCAUUUACAUUUCUGGUUGUCCAUUAAUGACAUUCCAAGCAAUUUUUCAGCGUCAUAAAAUUGAAUCAUUUCACAUUGGAUCUUCGUCAUCUCUCCAGUCACAAAAAUCAGAUCAGCUUUUCCACAAUCAACGACUUUUUGUGUACAUGACACAUGAUAAGAUUGAUGAUAAACUAUUACAGCAUCUAAAGACUCUUAUGAAGACCCUAGAAGGAUAUGAUGGACGUCUCAUUUUGACUGUUAUUAUAAACUGUGAAGGCAGAAGCAUGAAAGUCCUUAAAAAUAUUGCAAAAAAGUUUAUUCCAUUUAAAGUUGCAUUCAUUAUUGAUGUUAAUUCAAACACAAUAAAUCGUGAAGUAUUGGCAAAGACUUUUGAAUUACGUGACUCCAAAUAUACAUGGAAUGACUUGACAAAUCCAUCACAGCAACUUUUAAGUGGAAUGAAAGUUAAUUUUCAAGGAAUAGAAAUGAAAUUUAACGAAUUCUUGUCAGAAAAUUCGCAGUCAUUAAAAGAAUUGCCAUUAAACAUUUUAAUCACUAAGAAUUAUCUCACAAUAUCUAAUAAGAUUGAAAAUGAUACAAAAUAUUACGUCAGAAGGAAGUUUAUUGAUAGUACAGCACGUUGCAAUCGCUGGGAUCAAGAAAGGAAUGAAUAUGUUGAUGAAUAUGACAAACCUAUUAAAACUUUUGAUGAAAUUGCAGAAACUGAAAGCAUUAAAGUGAUUUUGCUAGCUGAUGAGCCGAAAGCUGGAAAGACUUCAACGUUUAAAAGCAUCGCGACACGAUUAAAAGCAAAAUUUGUUGAUAAAUGGAUUGUCUUCAUUGAUCACAAACAUCAUGCUGAUGUUUAUCGAACUUGCAAAUCAGUUGAAUGGAACCAGCAAAAGCUCUCAUCAUUUAUAAGUCAGGAUGUCCUCCAACUGCUAGACUUUGAACAGAAAAUAUUUGAAGAAUUUUUCAUUGAAGGUCGCGUGAUUGUUUUAUUGGAAAUGAAUGUCUUUUACCAAGAAAUUCUUGAUUUUGCUGUGAGACUUAAGGAACUAUCACAAAAUCAACUAUGGAUUGCUACAUGGCCACAGCAUGCAAACAAACUUGAGCUAGCAUUUCAUACAAAAUCAUUUAAACUUGUUCCAUUUGAUGACGAAAAUCGGCGAGAAUUUUUUGAAAAAUUCUUAAAUUCCAAAGGAAUUAUUGAAAAAGAAGAAGUAGGGAACAAAAUUAAAGAGCUCGAGAGCUUCUUACAGUUGCAUAAUAAGGAAGACAAUUUUCCAUGUGAUAUACCAUUGAUGGUGAGGAUGAUUGCCGAGGUUUAUGAAAAUUCACUUACAGAAAACGGUCCAUCAUUUCUGUCCAACAAUCUCUUCUCGAUUUAUCAGUCAUUUGUGUCUCGAAUUCUCGGACCACUUGUAUCCAACUCAAGGCUCAAUAUAAUGGAACUCCAUCAAAAGUAUGCAUUAAAAGAAGUAUUUUGUCGCAAGAAAAAGAACGAAUGUGAAGAAACCGUAAAAGCUUUACACAUAAUGUUGCCAAGGGUUGGAAAUACUCACAAGAAGAUCUUUACAUGCGGAAUAAUGUACAAGCUGGAAAGAGGAAAAUUAAAAUUUGUGCAUAAAACAUUUGCAGACUUUUUUGUCGCUCAGUACAUCAUUGAUAAUGUGCUUAAUGCUAAUAUGAAUGGGAACAGUGAGGAAGCUGAAUUGAGAUCGAAAAUAUUUUUGAAUAUAUUGCGAGACUCAAAUCGCUGUUAUAAGACAAUUCAUCGAUUUUUAGACAAUUACAUUGAAAUGAAUGAAUCAGAAUUGGAAGAGAGAUUUGACGAAAGUUGCUAUACAUAUCUGAGCUCAUUUAAACCACCACAAUACUUUAGAAGUCUAUUGUGGAGACUAGCACGACAUCGAUGUUUCUUUUUGAUCAAAUUCCUCACAGAACUUUACAGUGAUGACAACAAAAUUCUUCGUGAAAUGUGGGGUGUGAUUAGUCUUGAUGGAUAUAGUUUCCUGUUCAAAACUAUCGACAAAGAGGACGGUGAAAUUGAUUUCACAUUCACAGAACGUGUUUGGCAUUUAGCAAAGGAAGUCUUCCAUGAUCGUCACGACUUGAUCUCAAUCCUUAAGACAACACUUGUUCGGUCAUCAUGCUCAGUCUUUAAAAAUGUAUUUCCAAAUUUUUGGCAUUUUGCUGAUGAAUUCUUAACAAUGGACGAAAAAGUUGAUAUUUUAACUAAAAGUGCAUUGGAACUUUUUGCGAGGAACAAGACAAAGAAAUUUUUUGUUGAAGUUUGUGAAAUUGCUGAGAAAAACUUGAAUGCUGAUCAAAUUAAGCUAUUUUUGACUAAUUGUGAUGACGAUGGGAAGAACUUUUUGUACCAUUUUUCUAGGACGACUGAUGAUGAGGCUUUACAAGAAUACCUCAAGAAACUCAAACAGUACCUCACAAUAGAUGAACAAAAAGUCUUGCUUAUCAAACGACUUCGUGGAAUGCUUGAAGAAGACAAAAAGACACCACCGAAAAGUUUUCGAACACUUUGGGAAUUUGCUGAGCAGCAACUUGAAAAAGAAGAACUAAAAUCACUUUUGAUGACCACAAAUACUUCUCAUUUUACAAUAUUCCAUGAGACAAUUAUUGAAGGAGAUGAAAAAACAUUUAAUUUCAUGAUUGAAGUUCAUGAAAGAAUUCUUGAAAAGGAAGAAAUUAAAGAACUUAUCAUGCAGACAUUCCAAAGUAACAAGACACUUCUUUAUAAAUCUAUGGGUAUUUCAAUAGAAUCAAUUCUUAUGGUCUGGGACUACCUGCAAGAUCUUCUUGAUGAUGAUGAAGAAACUCUCAAAAAAUUUCUUGCACAUCGUGACGAUUUUGGUGACACAGCAUUCAGCAGUAUGAAAUGGUACGAUGCAUUUCCAAAUGAGCUUUUUAUGCCAUUCAUUUCUGAGAAUUUUACAAAACCAGAAAUUGAGAAACUUUUUGAAAAAGCUUCAGAUGAGAUUUUAUCAACAGAAUUGCCGACACCAGAAAACAAUGAACAAGUAACUAUUGAGGCUAAUGAGACACCAAAGCAGAAUAAACAUUUUUCACUAAACUGCUUUUGUUGUAGUAAAGCUGUUUAGAUUUUAUAUGUAAGUGCACAUGCUGGUCUGAGUUUAUUUUAAAACUAUUAAUUGUAUAUGAGUAUCCUUUAUGUUUAGCGGUAUUACUGCUAUUUAAAGUAGCUAGCCCUGAAAGUAAAGGUGACAAAUGAAAAGUUUAAUUUGUAUUUUCACAUUAUAAAAUUUAAAUUAAUUUAAUUUUAAAAAGUAUUAAAUUUUGAUUGGCCUAAAUGUUUUGGUGCAAAAUAGAAAAAAAGUACAGGGUUUAUAAAAUUGAUUUUAAAAUUCUAGUAAAAUAUUUUGAAUACACGAUAUAAAAAUUUAUGUCAAUUAAUUGUUUUCUCUUAUUUAAAAGCACAUUUUUGUAUUAAAUAAACUGCCUGUAAAUGAGAUUUUAUUCAUCUCUAAUUUGACACUUUUGCCACUUUUAAAAAUGAAUCAAAUUCAUG